AUGGUACUGUUCUGCAGUGACAUCGGUGUUGCAAUUUUUUCAAUUUGUUUUUUCUCCGACCCAGACUCCUCGACAGCAUUGCAUUUUGAGAUUGUACCGUAUUUGCGAAAAAGGAGAUCAACUGACUACACUCGCAAACUCUCCGCACACAUCUACAAAGAAUUGAACGGUUGUUCACAUUCAGUGCUGCGGUGUGACAUGACUUCACGAGGCGGACGUGGCCCUUCUGGGCGUUCUGAGGAAACUACGCAAUCCGGAUCCGGAGCCAUUAAGCUUCCUGGGGCGGCGAGUUUGUACGAACAGCUUGACAAACUUGUCCUCGUAUGUCUGCGAGAUGGGCGAAACUUCUUUGGCUGGCUACGAUCUUUCGAUCAAUACGCAAACCUGAUUCUGGACAAUACGGUGGAGCGACUUACAGUUGAGGACUCUUACGCCGAUGUCCCGAUCGGAAUUUUCGUCAUUCGGGGAGAGAACGUCAUGCUUCUUGGUGAGGUAGACGAAGAAAGGGAGCUAAACGUGGGUUCAUCAAUGAAACAAGUCACAGAACCAGAGAUCAGGAGGGCUUUGGCAGCUAUUAAGGAGGAUCGGGCAGCUAGGAGGCGUGGAGAAAAGGUCGAGUGGCCAAUCCCCGAGGAGUACUGA